AUGGAAGAACCUCAUUCCCACCUGAGCUCAGGCUCUUCCUUAUCCUCCUCUCCCUCUCUUCUUCCCGAGGAAGCCUUGACCACUCCAUCCCUGCGGAAAUCUCACACCUCCCCUGGCCCCGAGGACACCAACACCGUCGUCAUCGCAGUGGUGCUGACCUUGGUGUUCCUGACCUUGCUGACGGUGCUGGUGGUGAUUGGGAUCUACCUGUACCGGAAUUCCGGCUCCUACCGCACGUACGAGCAGCCGGAGGUGGAGGCAGCUCUGCCAGCAGAGGAUUCCAGCAGGGAAAAGGAGGAAUAUUUCAUCUAA